AUGGCGCGACGGAACAGCAAAGCCGUGAAAGGAGCAAAGGUGGCCGCAGCUGUGGAUGGCGAAACCCUUCCAUCUUUCGACGAGAACGCACUGUCGGCGCUGACCUCCAAGAUUGAGCAAGGCUUUGGAAAGGGAAAAGCCCCUCCAAAAGCAGCAGAUGCGCCCAAUCCGAAGCAGAAGAAAAAGGAAAUGCACAAUGCCUCCACCGCUACGGAAUCGAAGCCUACCUCGAAGCCAGAGACUACGAGAGGGACAAAGCGAGAUGCGAACGGAAACACAAAAGUAAACAGCGAAUCGAAAGCCCAGAAAAUACAAAAGAAUCGAAAGGGUGUGCAAGUCAACGACGAUAAAGCUGCUUUGCUACAGGAGAUUCUAGCCUUGGGGGGCAAUGAGGAAGACUUGGACCUUGUGGCGGAUGUAGCGUCGGAAGAUGAAGAUCACGAUACAGGUGCCAGCGCAGCACCCGACAAGUCUUUGCAGAAAGAGCUGGCGAAAUUCGUCGCCGGAUUGGGUAUCGAAGGCCAACUAGGCGCGGAUACAGUUGACUCUGAAGAAGAGAACGAGCAAGGCGAUGAAGAAGGAGGGGAUGACUGGGAGGAGGCAUCUGAUUCCGAUCAUGAUCCGUCUGAUUCCACUCUAGAGGCUAUUUCUGAACAAAAGAAAGGAGCCACUGUUCCUGUGGAUGUCCCCUCAUCGAAUGACCCAAACCGACUUAUCUUUGAAGCACGACCCGAUUGGCAUGCUGCCUCUCUCCCUAACCUCCCGGCGGCCAGUACCAGCGGCUCGGCGAAGUAUGAUGGGGCCAUUGAAAGCUUGAAGCAAUAUGCUGUCUCCCUCCUUGAAAAAGACAGCAAUCUUUAUGCUUCAAAGCACCUUUCUUCUUCAUCUUCACACCGAUUCCUCUCAACAAUCAUGUCUUCCGGAACACUAUCCGACAAGGUUUCGGCGUUAACUCUGGUUAUCCAAGAGUCCCCCGUUCAUACUACGCAGUCGUUUGAAAACCUGCUGGUGUUGGCUAAGAAACGCAGUCGCGCCCAGGCUGUUAACGCUUUAGGAGCUCUGAAGGAUUUACUGGGCAGCGGGGUUGUUUUACCCUCUGACAGGCGCCUUCGAUCAUUUGCGAGCCAACCUGGCCUUCUAGGUACAUUGCAAGAAAACUCAGUGGCUAGUUGGAAACUAGGGCAGCGACUUCCAGGAAACCUUACCAAGUCACUUCUGAUCUCAUGGGCCUUUGAGGAUUGGUUAAAGGAGGCGUACUUCGAUAUGCUGAAGGUUCUCGAGGGUUGGUGCAAUGAUGAGGUGUUAUAUGCUCGAUCAAGAGCUGUGACUUACGUUUACGAGCUUCUGAAAGACAAGCCGGAACAAGAGGCAAAUUUGCUUCGGCUGCUAGUCAACAAACUAGGAGAUCCGGACAAGAAGAUUGCAUCCCGUACAUCUUAUCUGCUUCUUCAAUUGCAGGUUUCCCACCCGUUAAUGAAACCAAUCAUCAUUGCAUCCAUCGAGACUGAACUUCUCCUACGACCAGGGCAAAGCUCACACGCGAAAUACUAUGCCAUCAACACCCUGAAUCAGACGAUACUACGUGCUACAGAGGAUGAGGUUGCGAAAAAGCUACUAGAUAUCUACUUUGAACUUUUCGUUUCGCUAUUAAAAAAGCCAGAUCCUAAAGCCCUACAGGCCGGUCCCGUGGUAAAUCGGAAGGGGCAGGUACAGGGUGGUGGUGCUCCCAUGGGCAAAAAAGCAAAAGACAAGGCUGCUAAAGAGGAAGAGGCAAAGUCGGCUAGCCAAGAGACGACGGAGAAGAUGAUUUCAGCAGUUUUGACCGGUGUCAAUCGAGCCUUUCCAUUUUCGAAAGCCGAUGAUGUCUCUCUUGAGAAGCAUAUGGGCACGCUUUUCCGGAUCACCCAUUCUUCGAACUUCAACACCAGUAUUCAGGCAUUGAUGCUGAUAGAGCAACUAGCCACCUCCAAGCAACUCUCGGUGGACAGAUUUUAUAGAACUCUAUACGAAUCGCUCCUCGACCCGCGACUGGUAACCUCGUCAAAGCAUGCCUUGUAUCUGAAUCUCUUGUUUAGGGCCCUGAGGGCAGAUCUGAGUAUAAAGCGCGUCAAGGCAUUUGCCAAGAGGUUACUACAAAUCGUAACCUUACAUCAGCCACCAUUUAUUUGUGGUAUCAUUUACCUCUUGAGAGAGCUCGAAACCACUUUCCCAGGUCUCAAGACCCUACUCACCGAUCCGGAAGCGGACGAUGAAGACGAUGAAGAAGUUUUCCGUGAUGUUCCCGAAGAUGAAGAUCUUAAUGUUCCCGAACAGGAACAAAAUAUAGAAUCGAAGCCAGUUGAGGCUUAUGAUGGCCGAAAGCGAGAUCCUGAACAUAGCAAUGCUGAUAAGAGCUGUUUAUGGGAAUCUAUUCCGUUUUUGGUGCACUUUCAUCCGUCGGUCUCUUUAUUUGCAUCCCGCCUCGUGAACAACGAGACAAUGCCACCCAAGCCAGAUUUAACCUCUCAUACCCUCUCAGCCUUCCUUGACCGUUUUGUCUACCGAAAUGCGAAAUCAGUCGCGGAAAAGCCUCGGGGAAGUUCUAUCAUGCAACCACUAUCUGGCAGCGACAACAAAGGCAUAUUACUAUCCAAUAAAUCUGCACAGGCUUCGCUUCAGCCAGUCAACACCGAGGCAUUCUGGCGCAAGAAAGCCGAGGAUGUUGCUGUGGAUGAGGUUUUCUUCCACAAAUACUUUAGCCAGAUUGGUAAAGGGAAACAGGCUGGAAAGCAGAAGGUUGCUAAAGAAAGGGACGAUGGGGAGGAAGGGUCUGAAGAUGAGGAUGAGAUUUGGAAAGCCUUGGUCGAGUCAAGACCAGAGGUGGAAGGCGAUAGUGACGAUUCUGAUAUGGAGAUGCUGGAUCUGGACGAUUCGGAUGCAGAAGAAGUUUCUGAUGUGGAUAUCGAGUCUGAUGAUGGCGGUGUGCAGCUUAUGGAUGUGGAUGAAGAUGAGGAUAUUUCUGAUAUGGCUGGUUCGGAUGCUAGCGAAGCAUUCGUCUCUGGCAGUGAAGCAGAUGCAGCGUCCGACGAUGAGGAUGAGGAUGCCUUGUUUUCGAAGGAGUUGCAGACUGCUCAGCCUGAGAAGGACGAAGAUACAAAGGAAAGCAGCAGGAAGAAGAGACGCAAACUUAAGAGCCUGCCUACGUUUGCGUCGAUGGAGGAUUAUGCUGAGAUGUUGGACAAUGACGACGAUGAGGAUGUGUAG